UCUUUGUUUAUUAAACUUACAAAAACAUUCGUGCACCUGAGAUUUUGUGUGAAAAUGAUAGAGUCCAAUCAUAAUCCACCUCUCCUCCGUGACUAUACUCAACUUCUACAACGGUCUCGUGAUUCAGUUGAAACAAAGCAACGCAUUAAUUACGAACAGGAGAUGGAAGAAUGUGGCCUUCCCCUUGUGGAUCUGGGUGGGUUGUGGAGCAUGAAUGAGGAAGAGAGCGUUUCUUGUGCAUCUGAAAUAUGUAAAGCUUCCGCUGAAUGGGGUUUCUUUCAGAUUGUUAACCAUGGAAUAAGCCUGGAACUUCUUAGGAGGAUGAGAAAGGUACAGGUUGAGUUGUUUAAAGCACCAUUUGAACAGAAAAUGGCUUCCGGGCUUCUUGAUAAUUCGUAUAGGUGGGGAAACCGAACUGCUACGUGUCCAAAACAACUAUCAUGGUGUGAAGCUUUUCAUGUUCCACUUUCGAAGAUUUCUGAUGAAACUUGCUAUGGAGAGUUCAGCUCAUUGAGGGAAGUGAUGCAAGAAUAUGCUGAUGCAAUGCAAGAACUUGCAAAGUCAAUAGCCCGAGUGCUUGUGAUGAAUAUGGGUGGAGGACGAAGUUUGUGGGAAGACAACUGUAAUGAGAGCACCUGUUUCAUGCGGCUGAACCGAUACCCUUCAUGCCCCAUCUCUCCAGAGGUUUUUGGACUUGUUCCCCACACAGACAGCGAUUUCCUUACAAUUUUGCACCAAGAUGAACAUGUUGGUGGGCUUCAACUAAUGAAAGAUUCCAAAUGGGUGGCAGUAAAACCCAACCCCGAUGCCCUUGUUGUUAACAUUGGUGACCUUUUUCAGGCAUGGAGCAAUGACGUUUACAAAAGCGUGGAGCACAAAGUAACGGUGAAUCAGGAAGUGGAGAGGCACUCCAUAGCCUACUUCUUGUGUCCUUCUUAUGAAUCGUUCAUUGGUUGUUGUGAUAAAGAAAGUUCGAUUUACAGAAGGUUCACAUUUGGAGAGUACCGAAGGCAGAUUCAAGAAGAUGUUAAAGACUAUGGUCACAAGGUUGGCCUACCAAGAUUUCUUGUAUCUACCUGAGACACAUGCAUCAACCAGAGUGUGUUGGCAUGCAUCAUGGAUCUAACUUCCUGAAGUGCACUCCAUGCUCAAUAUUCUUUGAAUACUUUUACAUAAUUAUUGCAAUCAUGUCUUCAAGAUCAUUCCUGAAAAGGAAGGGGAGGGGGGAUUAAAUAUUAUUUUUGGUCAUAUAUAUAUAACAAUUAAUUAUCUCCUAUACCAUGAUAUAUAAUGUAAACGAAUAUAUGUACAAGUUAAUACAGCGUCAUUAGUAGUUAUGAGUUA